AUGGCCACUGACCGUCUUGAGAUGGACCAUGAAGUAGCUAAGAUCAUUCUUGAAUCCACAUGGAAUGACAAAGAGCUGAUCCAUUUAGUGGAUUAUUACUUCAAUCAUUGCCUACGGAUAUUAGGUUUCUACACUUCCCUCGGGACAUGCCUUGGGCUGGCCCGUGAUAACCAGUCGCGGAUUCAGCUUGCAAUUAUGCACUAUGAGGAAGAGAGAGGAGAGAAUGUGGGAGGGGAGAAGUAUGUCAAGACAUUGCAGGAUCUCCAGAGACUCAGAGAAGCAGGCGGCCCAUUCACGUACGAGUUCUCCAUGCUCUUUAACUCAGUGUGGGAGCAGCAGGCAGAGAUGUUGCAUAAGUUGCAGGCUCGUGAGAAGCUGGACAAAGAACUUAAAUCUGCACAAACUUGGAGAAGGGUGACCAUUGCCAUAUUUGUGACCGUCUUCAUGUCCGCUUUGAUCUUGUCGGUUGUUGCGGUUGCGAAAGCUUGGAAACCUGUUGUGAUUGCUCUAGCUGCUGGUCUGCCAGCUCCAAUAGCGACAGCUGGCAAGUGGUGCGAUUCUUGGUGGAAAAAAUACCGCAGGGAACGAAAAGGGAAAAAGGAGUUGAUAGACCUAAUGAAUGCAGGAACUAGGAUCUCAAUCAACGACUUGGUAACAAUUCGGUUGCUUGUGAGUAAGCUGGGAACUGAGAUUGAGUCAAUCUUGCAAAAUGCCGGCUUCAUUCUUGGAGAAGAACAGGAAGAAGCCAUGAAGCUUGGAAUGCGGGAGAUCAAGAAAAGGGCGGAAGUUUUCAUGAAAACUAUGGAGGAUCUCAGUACACAAGCUGGUAAGAGUAGCCACGAGAUACACAGGGCGAGGACAGUGAUAUUGCAGAGGAUAAUUGGACAACCCAGUCGUUAG